AUGAUGAACCUUUUCCGCAGAAUACGCCGUCUCAACAAAAAUCCACCACUGCCACUCCCACUUCCUUCUCUCCCCAAACCCCAACCCUCACCCCUUUCACUUCCUCCUCCUCCUCCUCCUACUCAAAAACUCAACCCCAGCGACUGGCUCCGCCGCGCCCAAAUCUUCGACUCCAACAUCCACACAUUUGGAGAAAGGAGUGGUGCCCAAGGAAUGGAAAGAGGAAAUGUGGAAUACGUAUUUACCAGAGCAGAUGGCGAGGUUGAGGAGAGAAUACGGGAGGGAAUUGAAGAGGGAGGUGGGUGGGGUGGUGCUGGUGUUGGGUGCAAGUGA